GGCGGGCGCGUCAUGCUAUAUUUACGACACGCGAGAGCUGUGUUCUGACGUUGGCUCGUCUACACACUGCAUCGUUCGGUAAGUUGGAGAGAGGCUCUGCUCUGCGCUUGGCUGCCAUACCGUUACGUGCGUGCGUUCGGCAGCGAGCCCGACGACGGCCGUGGUCUGUGGUGCUGUCGUCUCCUGCACUACGCUAUUACAGUAUUACUAUAGCCUUCGCCCAUCCGCCGCCCAGACUGCACUCUGAGACACCUUCCACGCUUGCCCUCCUCCUGGAUUUGGCGUCAGCGUUGCGGAAGACCGCCCGCUGUCCUGAAAGCUUGAGUCGUUCGUGCUCUGCGGCCCGUCUCGACUUGGACGCUGCGGACGACUGCCCACGACGACGACGACGACGUACUCCCCUCCUCUCACGCCUGCCUCCGCCCGGCACCCAUAUCACGCCCAUCGCCGCUUCCCGCCCACCGCUCCUGCGAGCCACCGCGACCCUGCGCCGGCCGGCCACGCGCUGCCACACGCUCGCUCGCUCGCUCGCUAUUCCCCAUCUGGCCCACGCACGCUUGCACGGCUCCCACUGGUGAUGCCGGAGCACUCCACCAUUGAGACGCACACAUCACGGCAGGCGCUGCCUCCCCACCCACAACCAUGAGCGGUGGCGACCUGUCGCUGUCGCAGUCCUUGGGCGGUCUGCGCAUCGCCAAUCCCGACAACGAUGUCACCUCGCCCACCUCGCCCACCACCCCGAGCUCGAGACCGCCUCCGCCCUCGUCACAUUCUUCCGAGAGCACCGUCACCGAUGGCCGCCGUCCCGCCUUGCUGUCUCUCGCCGGAGAGCCAGGAGGCACGCUCGACGCUGGAGGCGACUCAGGAUUAGACUUUGACCCGAGCAGCUACGAAAUGCAGUCCACAGACGCUGCUCAGCCGGCACAGCCGAGGCGAUCCCCCUCCGUGCAGCAGUCGCAGUUUCCGGAUUCCAGGCUGGAGCAUCGAUCGAGCAUGCAGCUAACCCACCAGGCGCAACAGCAAGCACAAUACCCCUCCUACAACCCGCAAUUCCGGAAUCCGAGCGUACAGAACAUCGCGCAGCAACAGCGCAUGAGCGGCUUGUACAGCCAGCUCAACAGCUCACAAAGCUCCGGGAUUUCGCACCAAAGCGGCUAUAGAUACAACGACGACCUGGCCGCGUCCUCAGACGGAAGUGGGGGCCUAGCGAGGAGCGGAUCGAGAUCUGCACGAGCAGCAUUGGCUGGCAUACCUACUCGAGAGUCCAGCCGGUCCUAUAGGCAGCCUGGAACCCCAAUGAACGGCGCUGGGAAUGGUCCACUCCCACCGAGGAGGAACUCGCGGAGAGGCAGAGCUCCCACAGGGGGAUCAUCAUCAACAGGAGGAUACGACGGUCAAGACCAGCCGUACGCUGGCUCAGCGCCGAUACCACGCUCGCGAGAGGAAUGGGAAGAGCGAGGCGCAGCCAUGGGGACGCGAAAGGAGACCGACGCGUCGAGCUCGCAAUCAUCACGCGUGGUCAAGAAGGGUGUCAAGGACUUCAACUUUGGCCGUACUUUAGGAGAAGGCUCAUAUUCCACUGUGUUGGCCGCUACAGACAGGCAGAACCUGAAGGAGUACGCCAUCAAGGUCCUGGAUAAGAGACAUAUCAUCAAGGAGAAGAAGGUCAAAUACGUCAACAUUGAACGAGACACGUUGAACCGCCUGACAGAGCACCCUGGGAUUGUGCGGUUAUACUACACUUUCCAGGAUGAGCGGUCACUAUACUUCGUCCUGGACUUAGCCACAGGAGGUGAGCUCCUAGGGGUCUUGAAGAAGCUGGGCUCCUUCGACGUGGAAUGUACCAAGUUCUACGGCGCCGAAAUCCUGGACAGCGUAGCAUACAUGCACAGCCGAGGCGUGAUCCACCGAGACUUGAAGCCGGAGAAUGUCCUGUUAGAUCGUGACAUGCACGUCAAGAUCACCGACUUUGGUACUGCCAAGAUUUUACCGGAUCCCACACGGAAUGGCUCAACUGUGAUUGGAGCGUCCAGUGGCCGACCGAUGGAUGGUGCUGAAACGGAUCGAGCUGUCUCCUUCGUCGGUACUGCAGAAUACGUUAGUCCUGAGCUGCUACGCGAUAAGAACGCUUGCAAGGCGUCCGACCUGUGGGCGUUUGGAUGCAUAAUAUACCAGCUGCUUGCAGGACGACCGCCUUUCAAGGCCGCUAAUGAAUACUUGACGUUCCAAAAGAUCUUGGCUUUGGACUACACAUUUCCAGAGGGCUUUCCUGAGGUGGCGAAAGACUUGAUCGAGCGACUUCUGGUGCUUGAGCCGGAACGUCGACUGCCAGUUGACCACAUCAAGAGUCAUAGAUUCUUCGAUGGUGUACAAUGGGGCAAAAGUCUGUGGCGGCAAAAGGCUCCGCGCCUAAAAGCAUACGUCCCACCUCCCGCAGCUCCAAUAAAGCUCAAUGGCACAAGUGUCAGGGUGGGCAACAGCGGCGGCAUGGCAAGCUCUGCGGCCGCAAUCGCGCUGUCAUCGUCACAGUCGCAGCAGUCGGUUGCGCAACACCCUCCUCGCAGGCCCCAAUUGCACAAUGUGACUGAACUUCCGCCGCCUAGCCAGCUGGAUAUCGACUGGUCUCCUGUACUCACACACAACAAUGAGAGGAUCUUAAAGCUCGGAAACUUGAUCGUCACGGCAGCACCUCAAUCCAGCAGUCCAACCAACAAGAAUGGUGAAGUGCAAACGCCAUCUGAAAAGCCCAAAUUCUCGCGUUUCUUCAGCAGCAAUACGGCCAAGAAACGGGAAAGACUCGUCUUGAUUACCUCAUACGCACGACUGGUGGUCGCUGCAGCAGGAGGAAACGAAAAGAAAUCGAAGUUAGAGAUCAACCUUGCUGCAAGUGGCGCAACAUGUAAGAGCUGCGUAGAUUCCAAGGGCCUGACUUAUUGGACCAUUGACACUCGUGACAAACAUUACACAUUUGAGGAUCCUCGAGCAACGACUUCCGACCCUGCUGGCAGCAAGUACUCAACACAAGAGUGGCUGGACUGCGUAGAACAGGCCCGAGAAGUCGCCAUCGCAACAUCGAUGACCAACUCCUAUUCCGGCGAUUCAAUACUGAAUGACCUCAAUGCAACGUCGGCCAUGAGCUCACCCGCCGACUCUGUAGGUGACGACGCAGUCAUGCCGUUGGGCGGCCCCAGCGCCGGUGAGAGGCACGGGCAUGCGCUGCGCCACACAUUACGCAAGAACACCGACGACGAUGAUCGAAGCCUGAAGGGGAGAAAGAGAUUUAGCAAGAGGCACAGUAAGAGUGGGCUUGCCGCAGUGUUCUAGUGACAUGCUGCGAACAGGCUACGAGGCGCUUCUGUGCUGCUGUCUGGGGCUGCACGACGCACGCCUUAUAAUGCUUACGUGGCACACCUCAGGAGACCGCAGGCUGCCUUGCUGACGCUCACUGCCUGGUCAGCAAUGCCGGAAUGGAGCUUCACAACACGGCGAGCCUUCCUCGGAAAAUAUACACAAUCGACACAUCAUUCACCGUUUCAUGACGACACGACUCUCUAUACCAUCCCAUGUACGCAGCGGUCUGAUUCUUUGCACUCGCUGCACCCAUUUUCCCACAGAUGCAUUGUUGAGGAGUGCUUUAGAGCGAGCAAAGCGGGAGUUUUUUCUACGACGAUGAGCGCUGGUAUCUUUGGCGUCACCUUUUUGGCGAAUGCGCGCUUCCUGGGUUAUCUGCCUUGGGCAGGAGCUGGAUGUUUGGUGCAGCUUCAGUAGCAUAGAAAAAUCUUUGGUGUACAAUGUACGUAGAGCUCACUCCAAGAGGAUGAUGGGCGAUGCGAGUAACGCGGAAGAAAGAGAAUAGGAGAAAUUCAGCAGCUGACUCCCCCUACUUAUUGCG